AUGGUUUCUUCAGGAGAUGUGACGUUGGAACAGUUAAUGCAAGAAGUCCGUAGGACUCAGGAAGACCUUGCAAGGCAAAAAGCUGAGAACGAGCGUCUGGCGUCUGAAAGCCAAAAGACCGUAGAUUCUCUGCGGAAGGAGUUAGAGUCCGUCAAAAGCAAGGCCCUGAAAAAGCGCCGCAGCACUCACGAUAUUUCAUCCAUGAUGAACCUAGACUCAGAGGAUGAUAGCGACAACAAGGAUGACGACGAAGGAGGAGGAGAGGACGGCAACGCCUUCAACGACGGAGACGAAGUCGACCCAACGGCCCAGAAGCUGAAGCAUAUUGAAGUCCAGAACGCUAAGCUGUUGCGCUUGUUGAAGAAGCUGCCAGGAGCGCCAGUCCCAACCGUGACGGAAGAGCCAGAUGGUUAUGUCGCGUCGCCGUUCGUGGACGAGAUCUUUAUGGCAGACAUCCCUCGAAGACUCAAUAUCCCUCCGCCGGCAAAGCUCUAUGACGGAAGCACUGGUCCAUUAGAGCACGUCAACCAUUACAAGCAGCGGAUGUGGCAAUAUUCCAUCCCGCGCGAUAUGCUCGAGCCUGUCCUCUGCAAAUCUUUUGGAGCAACUCUUACUGGCCCUGCUUUAGAAUGGAUGUGCGAUCUGAAAAUAGGGUCUAUUACUAAUUUUCAAACUUUGUGCAACAGGUUUUAUUCGAAAUUCAACAAUAUUUGCAAAGUGGAGAAGCAAACCAGUGACCUAUACCGCGUCGUACAGCGCAAUGGAGAAACAAUUAAAUCCUACUUCGGACGCUUCAACAAAGAAAUGAUCGGGAUCAAGAAUUAUGACGUCCGUACAGCCAUUGAAGCCUUCAAGAGGGGAUUAUUCCCUGACUCGGAGCUUUAUAAAGAGUUGACCAAAUAUCCAUGCAUAUCAUUCGAAGAGGUCAGAACAAGGGCUUUAGCUCAGAUGCGGUUAGAAGAUGAUCUUGCAGCCAGGAAAGGCGUCAACAGCCUCAAUAGCCUCAACCCAUCCAGCAGCGACAUAGUCGACAGACGACCUUCUAACCCCGAGAAAAUUUGGCAUCGCAGGCCCUAUGACAGGCCUAAUCAGGUAAAUAACGUCGAUAAUGUUACUGAUGCUAACCCUAUGCCAUUAAAUGCAGAUGAAAGGUCUGACGUCGAGUCGUAUCCCGACGUGGAAGAGUAUGGCUUCUGUGUCGACAUUGGGGGAGUGGUAAAUUCCCUUCAUUCAUUAGGGCCCGCAGCCAGAUGGCCCAGGAAGAGUGACAAGCCUGACGAAGAAAAGGACAAGUCUAAGUGGUGUGAUUACCAUAGCGAUCAUGGUCACAAGACCGAAGAAUGCAAUGGCUUAAGACGCGAGGUGGCGUACCUGUUGAAGAAAGGUUACCUGAAAGAGCUGCUAGGCAAGGGAAAAUCAAUUAAAAAGGACGCGACCGACAAGCAACCCCCGAAGGGGCCGACUGUGACCAAGGUAAUUCACGUCAUCUCUGGUGGAUCAGAUAUAUGUAGACUAACGUAUUCUGCAACCAAAAAAGCGGCCAUGAGAGACGCGUCAGAAGAUUCCAUUCCCGAAGACGUCAGGGCAAACCAGGACAAAGCCUUGGAAGCCAUGACAAUCUCCUUCGACGACUGCGACCUCGGAGACUGCCGCGAAGAGCAUCAUGAUGGGCUGGUCAUUUCUGUAAGUAUAGGCAACUGCUUGCUCAAGAGGGUCCUGGUAGAUGGAGGAAGCUCAACGAAUUUCCUCUUCAAAGAUACGCUCGAAGACAUGGGCAUAGAUGCAAGAGACGUGGUCAGAAGAUCCGCGGUACUGGUAGGUUUCAGUGGUGAGGCACUUAAUACUAGUGGUGAAAUUGUUUUUCCUACUUUUGCAGGAGGAAUCAACCUUCAAACCAAAUUCAACGUCGUGGAUUGCCCGUCGACAUACAGCGCCAUCAUAAGACGCCCUUGGAUUCACAAAAUGAAAGCUGUCCCAUCAACCUAUCAUCAGAGUUUAAAAUUCCCUACGAAAUGGGGAGUCCAAGAGAUCAAAGGAGAGCCCAAAGAAGCCAGAAUUUGCUACAGCUCUACAUUAAAGCCAAGCAAGGGGACAGCGUAG